AUGCACGUUGAAAAGAAUGUGUGUGAUAAUGUAUUGUGGACGAUAUUAAAUGUUGAUGGGAAAGGGAAGGACAAUUUAAAUACUCGUCGAGAUUUGCAAGAUAUGGGAAUUCGGAAGGCACUACAUCCUCAGAAAAGGGUUGGGAACAAGUAUUAUUUGCCUCCUGCAUGUUUUUCCAUGAACAAUAGAGAGAAAAGUCUAUUCUGCACACUUCUAAAGAAUAUCAAAGUUCCAGAUGGUUACGCAUCCAAUAUUUCUCAUCGAGUUAACCUCAAACAGCGUAGCAUAUCUGGACUGAAAAGUCAUGAUAACCAUACACUCAUGCAACAAAUACUUCCAAUAGCAGUGAGAAAUUUGUUACCGAAGAAAGUGGUUGAACCAUUAAUUGAGUUAAGCAAUUUCUUCAGGCAGUUGUGUUUCAAAACCCUAGACGUGGAUGGUCUAAGUCGUCUUCAGUCCCAAAUCGCUCUUACACUUUGCCAUCUUGAGAGAAUUUUUCCUCCAUUAUUUUUUGAUAUAAUGGAGCACUUACCCAUUCACCUAGCAGAGGAAGCAAAGAUUGCCGGUCUGGUGCAAUAUCGAUGGAUGUACUUUGUAGAAAGGUACCUUAUGACGCUUAAAUCAUACAUGCGUAAUCGAAGUCAUCCUGAAGGUUCAAUUGCACAGGGAUACUUGGUCGAAGAAUGUAUGACAUUUUGCUUAAGGUACUUGCAUGAUGUUGAGUCGAAAUUGCAUCGAUCGUUAAGGAAUUGCGAUGUUAGUGACAAUCCUGAGAUAUUAAUGGGGCGGGCUUUAGGAAAAGGAAAAGGGUUUGUUCUUGAUAACACAACAUGGGUACAGGCUCAUCGGUAUAUGUUAUUUAACAUUACUGCGGUUGUCCCAUAUCGAGAGAAACAUCGUCAAUUUAUUAAGCGGUCACAUCGUUGUUUCAGAGAUUAUGAUGUGGAUCAUCGUCAGAAUGAUGAGUUUCCCAAAUGGUUCAAUUCUCAUGUUGUUGAGCUACUAGCUAUUGAAAAUGUAGCGUUGUCAGAAAAGAUUAAAAUUUUGGCUUUGGGACCCAGCCAAAAGGCCACCAGAUUUAAUGGGUAUAUAAUUAAUGGUACUAGGUAUCAUACUAAGAGUUGUGAGUUGAGAAGAAAAACUCAGAAUAGUGGGGUUAUGGUGAAGGCAAAGACUUCUAGCUAUGCAAGUGCGAAAGACAUUAAUCCAAUGGAAGGUGAUGUAGCGUACUAUGGAUAUGUGACAGAUAUUCUUGAAUUGUAUUACUCACAUGACCAUAGAUACAUGCUAUUCAUGUGCAACUGGAUUGAUAACAAUAAGGGACUCAUGCAAGAUGAUUUUGGUUUUACACUUAUUGGAAUGUUGUACUCAACAUGA